AUGGCCGCUGCCAAGGACGACGUUAACCUCCGCGGGCCCGACGACGGCUCCGACGACGAGCGCGCCGAGUCGAGCCAGUUCCUGCCCGCGCCCGCCACCGCCCAGGAGCCCGAGGACAAGCUCGCUGCCAUCCCCGUCUGGAUCUUCGCCGUCUUCUGGAUUGCCGCGAGUGGUGGCGUCAUUCUCUUCAACAAAUGGAUCCUGCACACCCUGCAGUUCUCUUUCCCCAUCUUCCUCACCACCUGGCAUUUGACUUUUGCCACCAUUGUGACCCAAUGCCUGGCCCGCUACACCAACCUGCUUGACUCCAGGCACAAGGUGCCCAUGACGCGCGAGGUCUACAUGCGCGCCAUCAUGCCCAUCGCCGUCUUCAACUCGCUGUCUCUGAUUUGCGGCAACGUCGCCUACCUCUACCUCAGCGUGUCCUUCAUCCAGAUGCUCAAGGCCACCAACGCCGUCAUCACCCUCCUCGUGACCUGGGCCCUUGGCCAAGCCCAGCCCAACGUCACCAAGCUCUACCAGGUCGUCUUCAUCGUCAUCGGCGUCUUCAUCGCCUCGGUCGGCGAGAUCAAGUUCGACCUGCUCGGCUUCCUCAUCCAGAUGGGCGGCGUCUGCUUCGAGGCCACCCGUCUCGUGCUCGUCCAGCGCGUGCUGUCCGCCCCCGAGUUCAAGAUGGACCCGCUCGUCUCGCUGUACUACUACGCCCCGGCCACCGUCGUCACCAACUUCCUCCCCACCCUCAUCUUCGAGUACCCCACCCUCACCGCCGCCGACAUCGCCAAGGUCGGCAUCUUCACCCUCAUCUGCAACGCCGGCAUCGCCUUCCUGCUCAACUUCGCCGUCGUGCUGUUCAUCAAGCGCACCAGCGCCGUCACCCUGACCCUGUGCGGUGUCCUCAAGGACAUCCUGCUCGUCGUCGCCUCCGUCGUCAUCUUCUGGGACCCCGUCACCAUGACCCAGGUCUUCGGCUACGGCAUCGCCCUUGCCGGCUUGAUGUACUACAAGCUCGGCCCCGAGAAGUUCUGGGAGGUCGUCAAGAUGCCGCUCGGCCGGUAA